AUCAAGCAGAUAUCCUGUCGAAUUUGGAUUUCGUAGCUUCAUCAAGAAUUUCAGUCACUCCCACUCGUCAUUCACACUCGAUCAAGUUGCUCGUUUUGGAUUCGACCUCAAGACACUUUUCCAGAAAGUUUCUAUCAUGUCGCCCGCCCGCUCAAGGUCCCCAUCUCCCCCCAAAACAGCAGACGAUUCAAAGAGAAGAAAGACUCACUCCUACAAAACUGAUCAUCCCUACCGAUACGAAUCUCCUCGCCAUCACCAAGACUCUAACAAGGUCCGCUCAAAUGACUAUCACAGCAGCUCGAAAUCUACUCUAUCUCACCGGGAUCGGGACCGGGAUCUUGAUCGAAGGCGUGACCGUCGCGACCGAUCAGCCAGUCCAGAUCGCCACACAAAAAAGGCCAAAGAAAGAGAUAUGGAUAGAGAAAGAGACCACGAGAAGGAUAGCAAUCGAUAUCGCAAUGAUCGUCGCCGGCAUGAGGAUCGAGGAUAUCGUGAAAGAAGAAGGAGCAGGAGCAGGAGUAGGAGUAGAGAACGUGAGAGGUGGAAUAGAAGACGUACCAAGUCACCAGAUGGUGGUGGUGACGGUUUGGAUCGUGAUCGCAGGCGUGAUCAUCAGCCUCGCCGCGAACCAAAUGAACGGCCCUCAACACCACUCGACCGACCUAAAUCACCUAAACCAACAGACAUCCCCUCCUCUAACAUCGAAAUUCCAUCCAAGCCUCCUUCAUCAUCAGUCCCGAUAGUUGCCCAAGACUCCUCUGAGCAGGUUUUGUCAAACAGCCCCUCCAUUCCUGCCACAGGAACAGCAGAUAACCAAAUCAAGAAAGAUAUCGAUUCGUCGGCACCAGGCUCAGCAGUGGCCAAGGCCCGAGCAAUUGCUGAGGCUCGAGAAGGUCGACUUCCAGGUGAGACCCUAGAACAACAAAAACUGCGCAUGAAGCGUGAACGUCUCGAACAAUGGAAGGCUAAAAAGGCUCUCGAGGAGAACUCUAGCUCUAAUUCUACUCCUGUUCCACCUCUUAUUGCCAAAUCUGAUCCAAUUCAGACCACACCACUCGCCAACAAAGUUGAAAAGAAGUUAGAGCCACUAGUCCCAAUCGCUCCUAAAGGUCUACCCAAGAAGCCACUUGCUGCAGACAAAGCUACUGCAGCUGCUCUAGCUGCCGCUGCAAUCUCUGCUCGCUUAGGGACUCACCCUCCACCCAUCCUACCGCCCACCAAGCUCAUGAAAAAUGCUCCUCCGAUAGGAAUCAAAGGUUUACCCACCAAGCCAACGUUCAACGCAUUUCCGGAUCCCACUUCGAACAAUUCGAAACUCAGCUCUGCUUUGGGUACGGAGGAUGACAGCGGUAAAACAAAGAUUCAGAAGUUGACUUUCGAAGCUAUCAAUGCUGAUGAUGAUCUUUUGAAGCUGGUGGAGGCUGAGGAAGACAGCGACGAGGAAGAUCUAGUAGAUGGUGGACAUGUUGGAUAUAACAAACGCAAGAUUAUCGAUGGAGUAGAAGAAGAAACCGGAGCCACCGGAGGUGCACCUGACGAAGUAGACCAAGAGGAGGGAGAGAGUGAAUCGAAGAUUCGACUGUCACAAGCUGUAGAAAAAACGACCAAAAAACGGUUCGAGGCGGUGUCAAAUGUAGAAACCUUGGCACAGCCUGCUCAAGCCAUGGACAUAGAUCAGGAAGAAGUCGAUCCUUUGGAUGCUUACAUGUCGGGAGUCACCGAUGAAGUGACUAAAGUUAAUGACAGGGAUAAGAAAAAGAUGAAUCAAUUGGCGGCUGGCGGUAAAAAAGUCCUGGAAGAAGACGAUGAGCAUAAUGAUGAAGACGAGCAGGCCGGUGGCAGUGAAGACGAGAUUGAUAAGACUAAUUUGAGGCCUGAAGAUAUCAUGGCACUUGCGGCCAAGAAAUUGAAAAAGAAGGAUUUGGCUCCGGUCGACCAUCAAAAGAUUACGUAUGAGCCAUUCAGGAAAGCAUUUUAUCAUCCGCCAGCAGAGGUCGAAGAAAUGUCAGACGAGCAGGCUGAAAACAUCCGAAUUGCGAUGGAUGGUAUCAAGAUUCGUGGCCAAGACUGCCCGAAACCGGUGAUGAAAUGGAGUUGGUUCGGAUUACAUGCUGCAUGCCUAGAAGUCGUUAAGAGCCUUGGUUACCAAUCACCGACACCGAUCCAAGGACAAGCUGUACCUGCGAUCAUGUCAGGCCGUGAUGUGAUUGGCGUAGCUAAGACAGGAUCCGGAAAGACUCUGGCAUUCUUAUUACCUAUGUUCCGACAUAUUAAAGAUCAAAGGCCUCUUGAUGCGCUCGAAGGACCUAUAGCGAUGAUCAUGACGCCUACAAGAGAAUUGGCCACUCAGAUCUACAAAGAGGGGAGACCUUUUCUAAAAUCUCUGGGCUUGAGGGCCGCUUGUGCUUAUGGUGGAUCGCCAUUGAAAGAUAACAUUGCUGACAUGAAGCGCGGGGCCGAAGUGAUUGUUUGUACUCCAGGAAGGAUGAUCGAACUUUUGACAACUAAUUCUGGUCGAGUCAUCAAUAUGCGUCGAGUUACUUAUCUUGUCUUGGAUGAAGCUGAUCGAAUGUUUGACAUGGGAUUUGAACCACAGGUGAUGAAAAUAGUUAAUCAAAUUCGGCCCGAUCGCCAAACCGUACUCUUCUCAGCCACUUUCCCUAAGCAAAUGGAAGCCUUGGCUCGAAAGAUCCUUCGAAGACCAUUAGAAAUCACUGUUGGUGGUCGAUCAGUCGUUGCCUCAGAAAUUGAACAGAUAGUCGAGGUUCGGCAAGACUCCACAAAGUUCAACCGAUUGCUCGAAAUUUUAGGCAGAUCAUACAAUGAGGAUUCCGAGUCCCGUUCAUUGGUAUUUGUCGAUCGACAAGAAUCAGCCGAUAAUUUAUUCCGAGAUCUUCUGAAGAAAGGAUAUCCCUGCUUGUCAUUACAUGGUGGGAAAGAGCAAGUUGAUCGAGACCAGGUGAUUGCGGAUUUUAAAUCUGGAGUGACUCCUAUCGUAAUCGCAACGUCUGUUGCUGCUAGAGGCUUAGAUGUCAAACAACUCAAGUUGGUCAUUAAUUACGACGCUCCCAAUCACAUGGAAGAUUAUGUUCACCGUGCUGGUCGAACCGGACGAGCUGGUAACAAAGGUACUUGUAUUACCUUUAUCGCCCCUGACCAAGAGAGAUAUGCCGUUGAUUUACUAAGGGCGCUGGUCACUAGUGGUGCCAAAUAUCCCGAAGAACUGAAGACAAUGUCAGAUUCGUUUUUGGAAAAGAUUAAAUCUGGAAAAGCGCAAGCCUCAGGGUCUGGCUUUGGUGGUAAAGGGCUCGACAGAUUAGAGAAAGACCGAGAUGCCAAGUCACGUGCCGAAAGAUCGGCCUAUGGUGAACCUGGGGGAGAAGAGGCGAGCAAGGAAGAGGUCGGAACCGGCGUGGCUGGUGCAGCGGCUAGCAGUACUACGACGACUGCGAUCCCAACUGUUGAGAUACCAGAGAUCAAUGUCGAGGUCAAGAGAGGACCCGCGCCUGAUUCAAACAGACGUUCGCAACCUGCUGCCAAGCCACCCCCACCAGCGCCUGUAGAUCCAGCAGCAACACCAGCUCUUACCGCUGCGCUAAAAGCAGCUCAAGCUGCAGCCCAAGCGAAGGGGCUGGAUGCAAGUGGAAUUGCGAGAGCGCAAAAUGUGGUUGCUGACUUGAACGCCAAAUUAAGAUCGAUGAUUGCUGCUAAGAACGCCCAAGCCCAAGCCGGAAACCACGAAUCAGCCAAUAACAACCUCAAUAACAACAACAACCGGUCUAAAGAUCCUGAUGCGACUGAUUUCCAUGCUAUCGUUCCCAUCAACGAUUAUCCUCAAAAAGCCAGAUGGAAAGUCACGAAUAAAGAGACUAUGGUCCAACUUGUGGAUAGUACUGGAGCUUCGGUCACCAACAAAGGCGUGUUCUAUGAGAAAGGCAAAGAACCUGGUCCGGAUGAGCCGCCGAAACUGCAUCUAUUAGUCGAAUCUAAUGAAGAGUGGAGAGUUCAACGAGCAAUCACCGAGAUCAAGCAUAUUUUGAUCGAAGCUACCACCCAAGCAUUAGAAGCUGAAUCUCGAAACCCCGGACACCAUCAAGCUGUUGGUAGAUAUAAUGUAUUAGGCUAAUAUGUCUACAACCCCCCCGUCCCCUUUCUCUUAUACCUUUUAUGCAAACACCCCAAGGACAUACUUGUUUUUCCUUGUUGAUCCGGGGUAUAUUAUCAUCACAACAAACUGCUUGUCUAUCAAGAUAUAUCUUGCCAAAAAUGAGCAGAACGGUGGCCGUUCCUACCAAGCUGCAUGAUGAGAUAUUUCAGCUUCAUCAAGUGCAUCAGCAUUCUCUGUUCCAUAUCUCAUUUCUUUCUUCUCCUGACCUUCCCUUUUUCAUUUAUGAUUGUCCGUCAUGAAAGAGCUGACCAAGCAGAGGGAAACAGGUGUGUCUACCUGCUUACCGUGUAAAUGUAUCAUGUUUAUCUCGGGUGUCUAUUGAGGGGAAGAGAAUAGUUAGGAUUUUCUGCCAGGCAAUUGAUGUUUCAAAGGUGCGAGACCCACAUCACACACAUG